UCACUCGCGUGAUCAGUUACGCCGCAAAACUCGCGCGCUUUUUUCCACUCCAAAGUGAUCAGGAACUCAUGUCGGGGAAUGCCGAAGGACUGCGCGUCCAGUGCUACACUUGCGGAAACUGGUACGACGCCGAGGACGUCACGAUACCCCUCGAUGGCUACAUUCCGUUCAUGACAAACUAUGAGUACUGCUGUGGGUCAUGUGGAACAGAGACCAUUGUCAAGAAGCCAGCCAGUUUCAUCCAAGUCAUCAUCACUACUCUGGCAAACCUGCAGGCCAGCCACAUAUACCAUGACCCUCCUGAGACUUGUUUCUCGCUUCAAGAUGAUAUUAUUCCAUUCGUCUGGGACCACUGGGACAUGAUCUGCACCAAACGCAGCAAGACUGGGAGCUGGAAAAACAACCUCGCCACCAAACUUGCGACGGAGACGAGACUGUUUAGAGAGGAAGAGACAGGCUCACAGAGAUUUGGUCUCGUCGAUCAGGAUCUGUCUACAAUUGGUCCGAGGCGGUAUGAAAGUAAAGCAGUCCCGACACGCAGUGUGGGGAGAAUGAAGAGACGACUGGACAACAGCCAGGUCAACUCAUCUGCCACCAAGAGAAACAAGAGUGACGCCCCUACAUCAAAGGGAUUGUCUCAUGGUUACCCUCUGGAGCACCCCAGCAACAAGGAUGGCUACCGGUACAUUCUGGCAGAGAAGGAUCCCCAUGCGGUACUGGAACUGGACCCAGAGGAGAUGGCGGGCCGACCGAUACCACCUGAGCUCUACCGACCAGCCAUGGCCACACAGGUUCUGCUGGCUCUGCAUGACAGAGCGUCUCAGCUAAGAGUCGGAGAGGACAGACUGACUGUAACCGGGGACAAAGGGUACUGCAUGGUCCGCGCCACGCACGGCGUUUCUAGUGGAACCUGGUUUUACGAGGUAUAUAUGGCGGACCUGGACAGUGUUCCCGAGUGUGCAGUGAGACUGGGAUGGUCCCAGAGCCUAGGUCUAGUCAAGAUUCUCGACUCCAUCAGUAACCUCUCCCUCUCUCUGUCCUAUCAACAGGGAAUCUACAGGCCCCGUGUGGUCUUGAUAAACUCAGCUACUCAUGGCGGUCGCGAUUCGGUACCAAAUUCCACCAGAGCAGGGGGAAGCACUACAGUGAGAGCUAUGCUACUGGAGACACCCUGGGGCUCCUGAUCCAUCUUCCCAACCAGAAAACUCAGACCAGCAAACUGCCGCCUACUCACAAAGACAAGGUAAGUGCUGAGUGGGAGAGGUAUCAGAGGUGAAAUCAUAUGCUCUGCUGAGUGGGAGAGGUAUAUAUCAGAGGAGAAAUCAUAUGCUCUUUGUGGCUAUAUACUCAGGCACUCAUAAAAUUCAAAAACUACUUCUAUUUCGAAGAAAGAGACGAGCAAGUGGACGAGUUUGAAAAGACGCUCCGACCUCUGCCUGGAAGCAAGAUUGAAUUCUUCAAGAAUGGUGUCACACAGGGCGUUGGGUGGACAGACAUGUAUGCCGGCACUUACUACCCUGCCCUCUCCCUGUACCGUGGAGCUACUGUGAGAACAAGAGAAGGGGGAGAAUACUCUUACCAUGAGUCGUGAAAUUACACAUAUUUUUGUUACGGCAAACUUUGGUCCCAGUUUCAAGCAUCCUCCAAGAAACGUCACUUACUCUCCAAUGUCGCAGGCGGCGGAGCUGGGGAUGCUGCAGCAGACCAUGUCAGAGAUGUUGUUCCAUGUGGAGUGUCGGCUGGCCAGUCAGAGAGAAGACUAAACUGGGCACUCAAACACACAGAGAGAGGACACCCUGGCUAGCGAGGAACAAUUGGGAAGCUUUUGUAAAAUUGGGUGACUAUUUUGCCCAAUCAGAUCCCAACAAUAAUAGUUCAUUCACAACACCUCUACACAGACUACUAAUAUUCAUCCUAACGAUGUAGAUAGUUGAACGCAUCAUGAGGACUUAACAACAAACGCUGAAGUGUUUUUUAUUUACAGUAUUCUCCGUUAAAGUUUUGACUUAAUA